AUGUUAAAGACACUUGACUACGUUUUCGGUACAUGCCAGUUUGUAUUGCUUGGGUCGGCCUAUGGCAUUGCUCGUAUGCUUGGUCGGAGACCGUCAUUUUUUAUGAGCAAUGUUCCUUUCUAUCUUCGUAUGAAUCCUGCUGUGACCUCUUUGAAGGUUUUCGCACUGGCCACACUUUUCACUACGUCUCUUUUUGGUUCUAUUGGGUGCACUAUCCUUGCUGCUUGUAGAACACCAUCUUUACGCGAGUUUAACGCUCGCUUUCAAAAAAAUAUUACUUCAAAAGAGCAGGAAGAACAAGCUAGAAUAACUCUUAAUCAAUGGGCGCGUGAGCUUUCUUCAGGCUGCAUUGAAGACUCUUAUGACAAAAAUACUGAUGAAUAA